UUGAAGACGAAGCUGAUGCAACACUGGUCGGAGAUAACACAGGCGUCACGUCAGAGCGCGGAAAGCUGCAGCUCACAGGAGGAAACCGCAUCUCAGCCUCGUAAAGCCGCUCACACAGAACAGAAACACAGGAGUUUGCGCUGCUUACAGAUUUCAACAUCAACCGCUACCAACAUGCCUGUCAUCAGAACCCUCAGCAAGGUGGCCAAGCAGGCCCUGCUCAGCACCCCAGGGUGCGGCUGCCAGCCCCUAACGGUGGCUGUACGCAACAUCAGCUUCUCCCCUCGGCAGGUGACUUCUGACGCCAGCUUCCACUCCGUGUCCUUCUCAGAAACAGACCACCCCAAGGUGCUCAUUACAGGAGGCCUGGGUCAGCUCGGAGUGGGGCUCGCUAAAUUGCUGAGGAAGAGGUUUGGAAAGAACAACGUCAUUCUGUCCGAUAUCAGGAAACCUCCCAGCAACGUUUUCCACAGCGGCCCCUUCAUCUACUCAGACAUCCUGGACUACAAGAACCUGCGGGAAAUUGUGGUAAACAACCGCAUCACUUGGCUGGUUCACUACAGCGCCCUCCUCAGCGCUGUUGGAGAGGCAAACGUGGCCUUGGCGCGCUCUGUGAACAUCACCGGGCUUCACAACAUCUUGGACAUUGCAGCGGAGCACGGCUUGCGUCUGUUUGUCCCAAGCACCAUCGGUGCCUUCGGUCCCACUUCACCACGCAACCCUACCCCAGAUCUGUGUGUGCAGAGACCUCGUACCAUCUACGGUGUCUCUAAAGUCCAUGCCGAGCUGAUGGGAGAGUACUACCACCACCGUUACGGCCUGGACUUCCGCUGUCUCCGUUACCCAGGAAUCAUCUCUGCUGACUCCAUGCCCGGGGGCGGCACAACAGACUAUGCCGUCCAGAUUUUCCACGACGCAAUCAAAAGUGGCAAGUUUGAGUGCAACUUGAAACCUGACACGCGGCUGCCCAUGAUGUAUAUCGAUGACUGCCUGCGUGCAACGCUGGAAGUAAUGGAGGCACCAGCUGACACUCUGAGCAUGAGGACCUACAACAUCAAUGCCAUGAGCUUCACCCCAGAGGAACUGGCUCAGGAGCUCCAGAAGCAGAUGCCUGAGCUGGAGGUCACAUACGACGUGGACCACGUACGGCAGGCCAUUGCUGACAGUUGGCCAAUGAACUUCGACGACUCCAAUGCAAGGAAGGACUGGGGCUGGAAGCACGAUUACGAUCUCCCCGAGCUCGUCCAGACAAUGCUCAACUUCUUCGGAGCAGAGACGCGCAUGGCUCGUGCCAACUGAAGGCGCACAACAUCGGUCCGAGUGUUCUUUGUACAUAAUGUAAAGACUGACCAAAGAGAAUAGAGAAACAUGGCCUGUACAUAGUCGUUAUCUCAGUUCUCUCUAUAAAAUCAGAAGGGCUCUGCUUGCCUGGCACAAGGCUACCGUGUCUCCAGAAUGUAAAAGGUCAGUGCGGGCUCGACAAUCCUCCCGCUCCUGUCUAUCUACCCCUGCCUUGUCUCUUUUUUUCCUCAUAGCUCUGGUUAAAGAUUUGGGCAAAGAGCAGUAUCACGGCGGAAAGUUGUCAGCGGUAUCAGGGAUUAAAACGUGGCCUGUGAAAACUUGUUUGGACGAAAAAGAAGACUUGCAUGUUGAUGAAUUGCGCAAAACUUUUCGCAAAAAUCAAUUCGACAAACUGAGAAUGUUACAUUGUGUAUUUGUAAGUGAGUUUUUCUUUGGAGAUCCAAAUCGGCCAGGGUUUUGUUUUUGCUAUAUUUUAAAAGAUUGUCAAAAUUCAGGUAUUCUGGGCCUAAAGCUCUUGGGGUUAAAAUCAAGGACCUUUGUAUUGAGUUGUGUCCUUUGAUGCACUUUAAACAGAUCUUAAAAUUUCUGACAAAUAAAUGGGUCUAAUCAUCUGAGCGGGCAAUUUCUAAUACGGUGCAUCUGUGUUUUGAGCAGUGCGGAGCGUUGAUUCUCAAGAAUUGAUCUUCUGUUUAUUCCACGUAACAUUAUUUAUUCUUUCUGUUGGUGUUAAACAUGUGGGAGCUUCAUCGAGUGAAAACAUUUAACACGUUUGUUUUCUAAGUGUUCCUGUAGACUUUUUUUUAUUUUAUUUUUUUUUUUCAUCAACUCUGUGGGAAUAUUUGAUGCAAAAAGGGAAAUGUGACGCUGUACGCCACAUUUACGUCACUAUGUUUCAACAUUUUGUAUAAGAAAUGCUGAAAUUAGGUUCCAUGUAAGUCUUAGCUUCUGUCUGUUCUUUCAAUCACAAUGAGCUUUGACAAUAAAACCUUUUUUCCACA